AUGUCUUCUAAGAAGAUAGUCCUCGUCACCGGUGCAAACAAGAACAUCGGAUACGAAAUCGUAAAGGCCCUACUGCAAUCUGGCAAGCCCUACCAUGUUUUUCUUGGCAGCCGUUCCCUAGAAAGGGGCCAACAAGCGGUCGAGACCCUCCAAAAGGAGUGCGCCGAAUCCUCAAACACUGUCGAGGCCGUCCAAGUCGACAUUACCAGCGACUCCUCCAUCGAGAGAGCCUUCGGGACCGUCAAGGCCAGCAGCGGGCGGAUCGACACCCUUAUCAACAAUGCCGGCAUCACGAAGGACCUUGACUACAUCCGCGGCAAGGUCUCGCUGCGUGAGAGCUUGACCGGCUCCUACAACGUCAAUGUGGCCGGGACGCACGUCAUGACGUCAACAUUCAUGCCGCUGCUUUUGAAGUCCAACGAUCCACGGCUCAUCUUCGUCACCGGCCUCGGGACCUUCGAGCAGUGCGCGCGCGGGGAGAUUCCCUUGCCACCACUGGAACGUGGCUGGCCGAAGAAGUUGGAGUUCGAGACAGUCGGGUACCGCUGCACCAAGACCGCACUCAAUAUGUUGAUGCUCGAUUAUCACUACAAGCUCCAGAAGGACGGCGUCAAGGUCUGGUGCGUCGGGCCGGGGUUCCUUGCAACCGAUCUAGGUGAUGCUAGGGAGAUGGCCGCCGUGAAGGGUGCGGGCCAUCCGAGCAUUGGGGGACAACUGCUGAGGACCGUCGUGGAGGGGGAGAGGGAUGGGGAUACGGGCAAGUACGUUGUGAAGGACGGGAUUCGACUUUUCUAG